AUGACGCCCGCCCCUGAGACAGGGGCGUCCUCGCCCUGGCCCCUGGGCGUCCGCAUGAGACUGAGCGGGGCGCUCGCCUGCGUGAGCUUCCUGAGCCUCAUGCUAGCGCGAGGGGCCACUUCGUGGAGAACAGCGCUCGGAGGGGCAGCAGUCGGCAUGAUCGCGAUCCUGGGCGCCCUGACUUGCUUGGCGCGGCCGUGGCUUCCACGCCGAACAGGCCCCGCGCUGCCCGACAGCGACAUGCAGUCAUUCAAGGAGGAGCUCGAGCGGAUGCGCGAACUGAUGCGGGCAUCGGGCAUGGCUGAAAGAGGAGACCAUGGCGAAGGAGGGCCCGACGGCGAGACCGAGGGGCUGGCUGCCGCCGUGCCCUUCGGGAUUCCCGGCGGAUCCCCCGCCCAUCCGCCCGCCCUCGCCGCCAGCGGCGCCGCCGCCAGCGGCUAUGCGCCUGCGGGGGCCAGCGCCCUCGGCGACUUGGCGGGCUGGGCGGGGGCGCCUGGGGCCGCGGGCGGAGGCGAGGCCGCCCGCCGUCCGACCGAGGCCGGAGCCGCCAGCAGAGCGGGCGCAUCCCUCGUGAAGGACUACCUGACGACCACCAGCGCCACCGCCCACGCCGACCCCUACUGGGCCACGAAGUUCUGGGACUCAGUGGCGAGGCUCGAGCAGGGCGGCCGCCUCGACGUGUCCGUGGUGCACCUCUUGCGCGGGUGCGGCUACGUGGGCGCAGGCACCGUCACCGUGCCGAGGGUGGCCGACCUGGCCCGAGGUCUGGAGGCCGUGGCCUCCAGUGCAGCGCCUGCCCUCGGCGGGACGGCGGGCGACCCGCUGGGCCUCGGAGGCUCGGCCACGGCGGGAGGAGGCAGCCAGGAGACGAGAUGGGGAGCCAGCCUCCCGCCAGACAUGCAGAGAGCAGGCGCGGAGAUCUAUCGAGCGAUGAGAGCAGAAGGACGUACCUCUACACGAGAUUGGUUGUCAGCUCGACACGGCGGGAGUCGCCCUUCGCCUGCGCGGACAGAUCCUUGGGCGUCGGCGUCUACCGUGGACUUUGCCGUGCGGGACUGCAAGACUGAGGAGGACCUCAUGAGGUUCCUGAGUGCCAACGACCUCAUGGAGAUCUCCCUCCGCCGCCUGGCGGCGUACAUGUAUGAGAGCAGGUCCGGUGACCGCGCGGGGGCGCUCCACAUGCUGGGGGUACCCCCCCCUGGCAGCCAGACCGACGUCGCACCGAGCUGGCUGGUUCAGGCGGCCGCCGACCUGAGGCGACGGGGCGGCAAGGGCGACAAGGGCGAGAAGGAUCAGACCAAGAAGGGCCCCCCGCCAGGGGGGGCUAAGAAGGCUGAGUGGCAGAGGGCCGCCUCGGCUGGGACAGCAGCUACCAGCCGAGGCAGUGAGCGCGGCCGAUGGGUCCAGAAGCAGGUGCUGGAUGAGACCCGCGGGCUGCGCGAGUUGCUGCACGCGGCGCCUGGCGCCAGAUUGUACCCGAUCCCUUUACGUUUUCACCAGAAGUUCGCCCUGAUGUCUUUGGCCAACAAGUAUCUGACUGCUCUGAAUGUCAUGUGUCGGGGAGACUGCCGAGAGCUCACACGGGGGAGCUGUGAUCGAGAUCUUUUGAAGGAGAUGCUCCCCCACCACCAACGAAUUCAGCGACUGGCCCUACGUGGGGCAGCGCGUCUGCGAGAGGCGCGCCGGGGCUGCGGCCUGACAGGCGCCCAGGCCAUCGAGAAGUUGGUGAAAUCGGCAGCUCUAUCAUACACAGGAGCCCAGAGGCGCAAGACUGCGCAUGAGACUCUGCGAGCCGACGCUGUAGAUGAGCCCCUGGGCCCCCGAGCAGCGCCCAUGCUGUCCGCCCUGAGUCCAGAGGAAGCGGCCUUCUACUCCGAGGAGGCCCAAGUAGCGGCGGCCCCAGAGGCCCGUUCGCAGGCAAUUUUUCGGGAGCUUGAGCAGCAGUGCGGUUUCGCUGGAGGGUCUGAGGAGGAGUGCGCUAGAUAUUUCCUGAGGCAGGACAUCGCCCCCGAUCUCUGGAGGUUUGGUUUUCGUGAGGACGUUCGAGCAAUUGCAGGAUUCUCAGUGGUGCCCAAGAAAGAUUCCGCUAAACAACGUAAGAUUAUCAUGAUGGUGGCCUCGAACUAUAUGUUUCAAGAUGUACGUCCUCGCGAGGAGCACGGGCUCCACGGCGGGGCAGCCCUUGCCAGUGUGCACGUGCCGAGCGACUUUGUCAGCGUGUCGGCCUUCGACGAGAGCAAUGCUUUCAGUUCGGUGGAGGUGCCUGAGUGGAUGUGGGCGUGGCAAGCUGUUCCCCCUAUCCGGGCCGGCCUGAUCUGGGCUGUUCUUCCUUGGGACGUCCGGGAGCGGGCCAGGCCUGGAGACUGGGUCUAUCUUAUGUGGAAACGCCUAGUCAUGGGGGGCUCGCACAGCGUCCACAUCCUGACGAAUCUUGAUAUGACCUGUGUGGGCCGCACGCUCGUUCGCAGCUGCGGCCUGUGGCAGGGCUACUCGGAGGAGGAUUUCGACGUCAAUGAGGAGUGCCAGUUUUUGGGUCAGAACGACGAGGAUUGGGCCCAGGAGAGCAAAGUUAAGAAGUCCGAGGACGUAGGUAAGGGGUUCACCGUGGACGGCUGGUUUCAGAAGGUCGUAGAGGUUAAGGCGUCGGGGAAGGAUGUCGCUGUCGCCAUGCACGUGUUUGCGGGCCCGAGACGGCCGGGGGAUCUGGAGGAGUGGCUUCGCGUCUUGGGGGCCACGCACGGCCUCGAGAUCUUGUUGCUCUCGUGUGACCUCGAGCUGGACCCCGACUGGGACCUCGCCAUUCCUGAGACCUCCCAGAAGUUGUGGGUCGUGGUGGCCCAGGGUUAUAUUGAUGGAAUUGUUGGAGGGCCUCCGUGCUCAACGUGGUCUCGGGCCCGCUUCGUCAAGUUGCUUGGGGGUCCGCGGCCGCUGCGAUUUCGAGGCAAGUACGUCUGGGGCCGCCCCGACUCUGAGCUCACGGAAGCUGAGAAGGGGCGAGUCCGGGAGUCCAAUCUCUUGAUUCUGAACUUUCUGUUUCUUCGCGAAGGAGUUUCUGCCCAGGGAGGGGUGCACAUCCACGAGCAUCCCGAGGACCCUGGCGAUGAUCCCUACCCUUCAGUUUACAGCACGGAGGUGAUGUGCGCCAUGAAGGAGCGCACGUCGGCCGCGCGCGUGAGUCUUGAUCAGUGCGUGCACGGCGGCCUGGCUCGCAAGGCGACCACGCUGUCGGGCGCGGCCGAUGGGCAUUGGGAGGGGGAGCUUUCGCAAUGGUCUAGGCCGAGCAGUUCCCGGCACGAGCGGGGGCUCCACAUAUUCAACGAGACUAGCGUCAAGAUGAAAAACGCUUUCUUGGACAAAGGUGAUGUAGGCUUUUACCUCCAUAUCGACGAUGGCCUGGUGAUGACGGAUGGCCAGGACCACAUAGGCUCCAGGGGGGCCGCGAACGUUUUCAUGCAUCGAACUGCCGACGACCUAGUGGAGCUGGGUUUUAAGGUUACCGAUCGCCGUGAAUCAGACGAGAUGGACAAGGUUGUAGGUUAUGAGAUCCAGCAACAUCCUGCUCGACUUAGGUUACCUGCCCUGAAGGCCGCGGCCCUGUACGAGGCCACGCUCUACCUAGAACAAUGGAGGGUUAUGAGGUGUGGGCUCAUGGGGCUCUACGUGGACCUGGGGGCGCCCAUCUCGGAAGUGGUUCCGGCUACGGAUGCUGAGGGGUCGAGCGGUCUAGACUGCGGAGGCUACGGUAUUGUCGCCACCGUGAUGUCGGACAACGAGGCCCGCCUGCUCUGGGGGGCCGGGACUAGACCUGGAUACGCUCUCGCGCGCCUGGGCCAGGAGAAGCGCGUCCUCGAGAAGGAUCAGGUCCAGGUCGUCCAGCAGGCCAGGCAGUGGUUCCUUUUGUCAAGUGGUCUGGCAGAGGGGGUGGAGCCGUUCACCCCUGAUCAGUGGGAUGACGCUAUCAUGGACUUCAAGAGGUUUGGGCGCUCCGAGGCUGUGGGGAUGGGGGUCCAGACUAAGUCCAAGUUCACCCUGCUCCUCGCGGCGGUGGAGUUCCGCUUUCCGCGCAUGAAGGGGAGGCUGUGUCGGGUUAGGGCGGCCCUCAAGGGCUGGGACUAUGCUCACCAACCUCGUCACACCGCCCCCAUGAUCAGUGACGUGUGUGCCUGGAUGUGUAUUCAUUUUUGUGCCAGGGGCGUGCCGCGUCUGGGAUUCGGCAUCGUGAUCCAGGGCAAGUUCGGGAUGAGACCAAGUGAAAUUCUGGGAGUAGAGGCUGACGACGUCACCCUUUCGGAGGACUGGGGUUAUCCUGGAGGCUCUGGGCCUGUCGUCAUCGAUCUGGGAAUCCGGGCCAUGACGAAAGCCAAGCGCCCGCAGUCUGUGUCUUUCCUGGAGGAGCUGGAGCCGGGCCUCGCAGAGGGCCUCAGGAUUCUUCGUCGUCGUACUCCCAAGGGCCAGCGGCUUUUCCCGUACUCCCUGGCCCAGUACCGUACCCUCAUAAAGACCGUGCAGGCCUCGUUCAACCUUGACGUCGGGUCGGUACAGCUCUACGCGCAGCAGGUUUGCAGCCAGCCCUGGACUGGGAUGCCCGCUACUGGUACCCUACGUUCCGUUAGGCUUUCGAUGGCUGGGUCCAGGGCGCCCAGCAUCAAGGCCGCGCUCCGCAAGGGCGCAGCCGCGCAGGCCAAGGGCGAGGGCGUGGAGUCGGGCUCGGAGGCGGGCUCGUGGCUGGAGGUGGGCAGCCCGGGAGCCAGCUCGGCGCGGGCGCCUGCCACGCCGAUGCAGAACCGCGCGGACACGGUCAGCGCGAAGAUGCAGGCGGCAGCGGGUUGUCCUCUUGCCAAAUCGCUUAAGGCGGGCAAGGGCGGCCAGCUACAGUGGCUGAUGAAGUGCGUGCCGUCGGGAACUCUUCUGGGCAAGCUCGUGCUGGCCGCCAUGCUGCUGAGUAUCCUUCCCGCCAGCCUCUUCCCCAACGCCGCCAGGGGCCUCAUCGCCAUGACCGACGUGGCGGAAGAGGUGAGGUCCGCGGCGGGAAGGAUCGUGACUGCAGGAGCAAAUGUGAGCACGAGCGCAGCGAAGCUCGUGUCGGCAGUGACGGAUGGGUCGAUCGGCCUGGUCGAGGCGGCUUGGCGUGGCGUCGACCUGCUGGACGUCCGGGCGCAGGGCAGCGCCGGCAGGUUCCUCGUCGAGGAUGAAGACGACUGGCCCGCCUUCCUCCAGGAGCCGGAGGUCCAGCAGGUACUGCAGCUCGAGCCGGAGUUUCCUGAUGAACUGGAGCGCCUUUUGCUCUUCUCCUCGGCCACUAGGCCGAGAGGCGAAUUCACGCACAGUGCUUUCUUUUCUCCUAGGAUGUACCAGUCCGUGAGUUUUUGGGUCCGCUGGCUUCCCAGCGGCCACGUCGGGAUUGCCUGGAGGGUGGUCGCGAUCCGCUUUCGUCCGCAGUGGGCGAACCCAGCGUGGGGGCUGCUCGGCAUGGAUGAGACGGCCGAGGCGCCGGCCAUGGCCGAACAGCUCAAGGUUUUGGCGGAUUCGUCCUUUCCCGCGCCUGAGCUGGAUCUCGGCCCCGAGAUGCUCCGUGGCGCUCCCGCCCUCCCAGGAGGCUCCACUCGCAGGCGCGAGCAGCCGCGCCUCCUGGAGCCAGACCGAACAGCGAAUACGGGCGACGAGUACACGAUGAAUGGCACUGGCCUGGUUUCGGCUGGUGAGGCGGCGGGCGACGCCGCGCGCCGGGACUACCAAGUCCGAGUGGCGAGGUUCGAGGCGCGGGCAACCGCGGCGCGGCUUCCGCUGGCGACAGCGGGCAAGUCCGACGCGGCGCUGGCGACCUUCUUCAACGAGCUGUUCCUGGAGGGCCAUCCGAGCGAGGAGGCAACCAAGUACAUGGCGCCCCCGCUCCCUUGGCCGAUCGCCUGCCUGAUGUUCGACUGGAUGCUGAACUCAGGCGAGCUGGUGGCGGCCGCGGCGACGGCGGUGCGCCUCGCGCGGUACCUGCGGCCCGCGGGGCGGCUCGGGCCCUUGCGCGACCAGGUGAUCCCGCCUGCGGUGGGCGCGCCGUCCGGGCAGCCUUUCCUCUCACACUGGUCGGUGGCGCUGCGUCCGAUGGAGUGCCUCCUGCCCUCGAAGGCGGGGGUCUACGACGAGGGCCACCUGGUGGACAGCCCGCUGCGCGCUCGGCUGCCGCCGCUACUGCAGGCGCUUCGGGCCUGCGAAGCACCGCGAGGCCGCCUGGUGCCGUUGAGCUACAACCGGUGGGCGGUGGUGUUCAGAAGGCGCUACACCAAGGGCGGCCGCAUCGUAAAACGGAUGCGACGGCUGCCCCUCUCAAGGCAGCGCCUCGCCGCCAGCCUGGCCGGCAGUAUUGGCAGGCGCCGCUCGCUCAUCUGGCCCAACGUGUGGAGCGGUGCGUGCAUCACGAAGCUGUUGGCCGACCUCGCUAACGCGCAGCCUGCGCGGCGGGCCGCCAACCCUCUCAGCAAGCAGCUGAAGGUGGCGGAGGGGCUGGCUCGAGUCUCCGCGGUGCGCCCGCGGCAGCCGGCACCUGCCGCAGCCGUGCUCGGCGUGCGGGGCGAGGGGCGCAAGGGGGGCAGCUGCGCCGUGCGAGGAGACGCUGGCGCGGAGAUGCGAUGGGCGGCAAAAAGGGAAGACGAACUCACGCCCGAGCAGAAGGAGUUCGAGGAGAAGAAGAAGAAGGAGCGCCAGAAGAAGGCAGACGAGGCCGUGGAAGCGCAGAAGAGAGACAACGAGAGGCGCCAGUGGUACGAGUCGCAGCGGCAGAAGGAGGACCGCGCCAAGGAGAGGGAGACCAAGAAGUGGGAGCAGUCGGUUCGCGUCGCCAAGGUCCGCGCGCUCAAGGAGGGCGUGGUCGAGGCCGAGGACGGGGGGGAGACCUGGUGGGCGCAGCUCCCGGACAACACCUGGAAGGAGGUGACUGGGCAGUUCUAUUGCGUUCACUGCUCGAAGCAACUCAACGAGGGCACUCUUGAGGCGCACCUCAACUCCGACGGGCACCAGAAAAAGCUCGCGUGGAUAGGCGUGGCCCCAGACCCUGGCCCACAGGGCCCGCCGCUCAGGCCCACACAGGCGCUGGCUUGCCCGCCGUGCUGGCCGACGCCUCGGCCUGGUGCCGCGCUCGAGGACUGGCAGGAGCGCACCCAGGACAGGGGCACAUCCGCUGCAUCCCUUGCGGCAAGGUGA